AUGAAAUUAAUAUUUUUGUUUCUCUUUGCGAGUUGUUUAGUAUUGGCUUAAGAGAAUAUUGAAACAAGUGGGGAUGACACUUCGGAUAAUAUAAAGAAAUUGGAACAGUAGGAAUCAGAGGCAAUAAAUUCAACUUAGGAAUAGAAUCCAUAAGAAAAUUCUGAUUAGAACAACAAAGCAAGUGAGAAGGAAGAAGAAAAUUAAUCAAUAGAUAGUGAAGAGUUGGCAGACAUUAUUGAUGGUGCAGAAGAAAAUAUGUUUGAAUUGCUGGAAGCAUUAAAACCAUUAUUUGGGGUAAAUAAUGCAUCCACUCAAUAUGCUAGCUUAGAUUCGGCGAUAAAGAUAGAGACAAUGAUGGAUAAGUAAUUGAGGAUCAACAAGAAGCUGAAAAUAUUGAUAUUCAAGAGAAGCCUGCAAUUUUGGUGGAUCCUGUUGAAGAUCUCUUGAAAAAGGUCGAAGCAGAUCCUUUGAUGCUUUAAUGGGAUUAAUUAAUGAAUGAUUUUGAUCCAGAAGACCUCCUUACCUUCGAAUUACAAUCUGGAGCCACAGAGGUAUACGCUUUAAUCACUAAUCGUAGAUUUUGUGCGAAACCAUCAAGAAGCCAACAACCAUAAGAGGGGCUUACUUCAUUCCAUAAUUCAAAUUGGAUCAGAAGAUUGAUUUCUAUAUUAAGACUUCUAAUAACACUUUGAUAUAUUCGAAGGAAAGGGUGCAAGAGGGCAUCUUUAAAAUAGAUAUUCCAGAAAAAGGAGAAUAUAAAUUCAUCUUCAUUAAUAAAAGAGUAUUCUUCUUUUCUAUUGUAGACUAAAGAUCCAUUAACAAUAACGUUUGCAAUUGAUGUUCACGAUUCUCAUUAAGAGUUCCUUAAAUUGGGUGACUUGGAUCCUCUGGCUUUGAGGAUUGAGAGAUUAUCUACAGCGAUGAGGGUAAAUUAAAUCAAUAUGAUUAAGGAUAAUUAUUUCUAUGAUAAGAUGGCUGCCUAACAAUUUGAGGGAGGAUUAAGAGAGGUUUCGAAAGCUAAUGCUAAAUUGUUACUUUUCAGUUUGAUUGAAGUCAUAGGUAUUAUUGCAAUUACAGGAUGGUAAGUCUUUUACCUGAAAAGAAUUUUGAGUAAUUAGAGAAUCAUAUGA